AGCAGCAGCAGAAAAGGAGAAAAGCCAAGUAUGAGUGAUGAAGAUACCUUCAUCUACUGACAUUUAACCUGGCGAGAACCAUCAAUGGUGAAGUUGCCUUUUCAGCUGGGAUCUGUCCGUUCAGCUUCUGUAAUAAAUGCAGUCAAAGGGGCAGUCCCUUCCCAUUGCUCACAAAGGUCUUGUUUUUGAACCUCGCCCUCACAGAGGCCGUUUCUCAUCAUGCCAAGUCAACAGAAGAAAAUCAUUUUUUGCAUGGCUGGAGUGUUAAGCUUUGCAUGUGCCCUCGGAGUUGUGACAGCCUUGGGGACACCGUUGUGGAUCAAAGCCACUAUCCUCUGCAAAACGGGAGCUCUGCUCGUCAAUGCCUCAGGGCAGGAGCUGGACAAGUUUAUGGGUGAAAUGCAGUACGGGCUUUUCCACGGAGAGGGCGUGAGGCAGUGUGGGUUAGGAGCAAGGCCCUUUCGGUUCUCAUUUUUUCCAGAUUUGCUCAAAGCGAUCCCAGUAAGCAUCCAUGUCAAUGUCAUUCUCUUCUCUGCCAUCCUUAUUGUGUUAACCAUGGUGGGAACAGCCUUCUUCAUGUACAAUGCUUUUGGAAAACCCUUUGAAACUCUGCAUGGUCCCCUAGGGUUGUACCUUUUGAGCUUCAUUUCAGGCUCCUGUGGCUGUCUUGUCAUGAUAUUGUUUGCCUCUGAAGUGAAAAUCCACCACCUCUCAGAAAAAAUUGCAAAUUAUAAAGAAGGGACUUAUGUCUACAAAACGCAAAGUGAAAAAUAUACCACCUCAUUCUGGGUCGUUUUCAUUUGCUUUUUUGUUCAUUUUCUGAAUGGGCUCCUAAUACGACUUGCUGGAUUUCAGUUCCCUUUCACAAAAUCUAAAGACACAGAAACAACUAAUGUAGCUGCAGAUCUAAUGUACUGAAAGGCAAACCUUUCUAUAAUUUUACAAGGGGGUAGACUUGCUUUGGUCACUUUUAGAUGUGGUUAAUUUUGUAUAUCCUUUUAGUCUGCAUACAUUAAAGCAUCAGGACCCUCCAUGACAAUGUUUACAAAUUAUGUACUAAGGGUACAGGCUGGAAAGUAAGGGAAGCAGAAGGAAGGCUUUGAAAAGUUAUUUUAUCUGGUGGAAAAUUGCUCGACCCAGGUAGUCAAAGGCAGUUGACUAGAAUCAACAAAUUGUUACUCCAUAUAUAUACACACAUAUAUAUACACAUACACAUGUAUAUACACACAUAUAUACAUAUAUACACACACAUAUACACACAUAUAUAUACAC